AUGGCAGAGGAUGACCAGGACGACCCAUUUCUAUGGGACGAAGAUCGGGUGGUGCAGGAACUCUGUACCGUCAAUCGGUCCUGGAAGGCACCUGCCGCAAAGCGGUUACCGGACCCGGCAACGCUUGAGGCAAAAAUUCGUGACUGUGGCGUUGACGGAGAAUCCCUUCUCACGUACGGGGACGAACUUGGUUACGACCAACUGUGGGGUUCUUUGGGGGUGAAGAAGCUUCCUCAUCAGCUGGCGCUCAAAGAUGCCAUCAACCAGUUCAGAAAGCGUAGCGAAGGGUUCAAGAAAUGGCGCGCUUUGCAGCUGGCUAAUAGCCAGACCGCAGAAAUCGAUGAAGCAGCCAUCAAGUCAGAAUCUCUUCGGCUCGACGAUCCCCAAGCCGCGAUUGAACCCACUCCAGCUCUCGAUGUGGGCCCUGGUCAGACUCAUGCUAGACCAGUUGGUGCUGCGGAGGAUCUGGGAAACACUUACCCGGGCGUUUUGUCUCCCACUCUUUCAGGAUCCGUGGACUGCAACCCGCUGGACCCUGCCCAGGUGCUAGAAGGUGCCGACGCUGGCGAGGGAGAGCCGCCGAAGAAGAAGAGGAGAGCUGCACUUACGACUGUGUUAGACGACACCUUGGGCGACAGGAACUUUACCGCCAUUCCCGUUGAAGGCGAUAUAUUCAACGAUCAAUUUGGCGACCAGGUGAUUCUCAACAACACAGCAGAAGCUUUAAUUCACGCGAGCGGCAGUACCGGCUUUUUGGGACCCAGGGUUCUCCUGCAAGGUGAUAUACUCGCGCCAGCGUUGGGAAUUCCGUCAGACCCAGCCAACGAUGCGUUUACAUUGCUGCCAAGUCAUAUCGCGCCGGGGCGUCGUCUUCAGGUUGCGGCGGUUAUGAAACGCUUCCUCCGAACGAAUCUUGCCGAGAAACUUCAACUAGAUGAUGGAAACGGGAGCGUGAAAGCGGAUAGUGAGGACAUAGAGUCGGAUCAUGAGAGCGUGGACAGCGAAACCUGGCGCGAGUAUCAAGAGGAGGAGGAAGAACUGGCCGCAAUCGAGGCGGGGAAGGCAGCAAAUAACGAUAGGGGCGCCAGCAAAGAGGAGGCGACCGAGCUGAUCAAGUCAAUAAUAAAGGACCUGGAAGCUCGAUGGCUGGCUGAGAAGAAGCCCAAAUGCGACCUCAAGGCCUUCAAGACAUGGCAAGACGCCCGCCGUAACACCCAGCGCGCAGCCCUCAUCAGCCGGGCAAGAAACGAUCUGGCCCACUUCGACAAACACCUUGCGAAACUCUCGGGGUAUAUUAUUGGGGGGCAUUGGACUACAAAGGAGCUCACAGAGAAAGCGGCUGGGUUUCUGGAAGCUACCGUUGACAACAAGAUGCGCCAGAAGUGGCUAAUCGACCCGUCAACGCUUCCUCGCCCAGCGCCAAAACGAGUGAAGCGGCCGGAGCCGAUGGCCGAUGAUGAGGAGGUUUUGACGAGCGAUGACGAUAUCGGCGCGUUUGUCGAAUAUGAUGAAGAAGAUCAAUUCGUUCCGCCCAUUGGUGAUGAGAUGGACGUGGACUCUGAGCCGUUAUACGAUCAGACCGUGACAAAGGCCCCGGAUGCUCCCAGUAGUGUGCCGGACGUAGCUCGAUCCCCUUCAAGAACGACCGAUUUGCUUUCUGUCUCCCCCACACCUCGGAAAAUUAAGACCGAGACAGCGGUGACACCGGCGACGCUACGCCAGACUGGCGCUGCGGCGUCCGAGGCCAUUGUUAUUGACUCGUCCCCAUCGCCGCCAAAGCUGACUGACGACGAAAAAAUUGGAGAGAUUGGGAUUCAACACUGGGAACAGGCAAAAGACCCAAAGCGGCUCCUUGUGGCGGUACUGUGCGAAUGGUCCCGCGGGAAACUUUCCCGGAUCUACGAGGCCAUCAAUGGUCGCAGCCAUACCGAGUUAUGGGCAAAACAUAUGCAGCCAAUUCUUACAGCCAGUGACGACCUUAUUCUAUCGGCUGCCGACCCGGAGGAGACGUUCCAUUUAUGCCGCCUUUUCGAUAUUUUUAUCAGCGUAUCUGCUCAACGUUUCCGCCAGACCGUCCUGAAGCGAAGUACACGCCAUCGUAUGAAGCGAGAAGGGGGGUCGUUCGCCAAGUUCUGCUCGUUUCUUCGACGGAUACUCUCGUAUUUCCUCGGGAUCGCCCCCCAGCCGCCCACACCGGCGCGGCCCCGUGGCGGGCCGAAGGGAUCACGGCAAGGAAUGCCAGCUUCGCCGACUCCCUCCACCCCGCUUACAGUCAAGAGACAUGACCCUGCAGACGACCCCGAAACCUUGGAGGAGGAGUCAGCGUCAGACGAGCCGAACGCGCCAGACACACCGUUGACUAAGAAGCGACGGCGGAAGAAGCGUCGUGACGCAACCGCAAAGAAUCUCCGACUCGAUAACGUGAAACGCAACGAAGAAUUCAAUCGGCGUACUCGGGAGCUACGUGACCGGCUUGCGAAGCAAGGGUCUGUGUCAAGCAAAACCGCGCGCCUAAUUGUUAAUGAGACUAAGGAGUCGGAUGAUCAAGCUCUGAUCUAUUUCAACGACCAUAUUGGGAGCAAGAUCAAAGACCACCAGAUCGAAGGCGUCCGCUUCAUGUGGAACCAGGUUGUCGUUGACUCGAACAUCCGCCAAGGUUGCCUGCUCGCGCAUACCAUGGGCCUAGGAAAGACGAUGCAGGUGAUUUCUCUUCUAGUAGUCAUUGCUGAGUCGUCUGCGUCGCCAGAUGAAUCAGUCUGGUCGCAAAUUCCAGAGAGCCUGCGGGAUUCUAAAACCCUGAUUCUCUGCCCAGCCAGUCUGGUAGACAACUGGGAGGAAGAAAUUCGCAUGUGGGCACCAAACGAGGUGCUUGGUCCCGUGUGGCGGGUAGACACGGCGCUACCGUCAAAGCAGGUGAAGACCCUCGAGGAUUGGGCUUCAUCGGGGGGGAUCCUGCUUCUCAGUUACAACAGAUUCACCACGCUGAUGCGCACCGACGAGGCCGUGGCGAAGCUGCUGCAGGAAACUCCAAACCUAGUUGUUGGCGACGAGGCUCACUCCAUAAAAAACUCAGAGUCCAUGAGACACCAGGCCACUGCGAACUUUACGACCAUGAGUCGUAUCGCCAUGACGGGCUCCCCACUCACAAACAAUGUCAUGGACUACUAUGCCAUGAUCAACUGGGUAGCUCCUAACUACUUGGCAGAUAUUGCCGAAUUCCGAGACCGGUUCUCACGGCCGAUCAACGACGGGCUGUUUACGGAUAGCGAGGAGUACAAGAAACGCAAAGCUCGGCGAAUGCUGCAUGUUUUGAAGGAGACGGUGGAUCCUAAGGUUCACCGUAGAGACAUCGAGGUCCUCCAAGGGGAGCUUCCCAAGAAGAGGGAGUUCAUCAUCACACUUCCUUUGACGAAGGUCCAGACGCGUCUCUACAGGAUAUACAUCGAGUGUGCCCUUGCUACGGCGGGGGACCAGGCCACCACGCAAGCCAAGGCAUGGAGCCUCGUCGCCAACCUCGGCCUGGUCCUCGCGCAUCCCGUCAUCUUCAAGACCGUGACAGCCCAUAAGGAAAAAGUGGCUGCCACAAAAGCCCAGGCCGCUCAGCCGCAAGGAAAAAAUGAAGAAGAGACGGAAGUUGAAGUUGAGGUGCCGCAAAACGUGAUGAGCCAGAUGCGCACAGCGGUUGCAAUCCGUGAAAUCGAAAACUACUCACUCUCCAACAAGGUUCUUGCCCUCCUCCAGAUUCUGGAAGAGUGCAAGAAAGUGGGAGACAAAGUCUUGGUGUUCUCACAGAGGACUCCCACGCUUGACUACAUUGAAAACAUCUUCAAGCGAAAGCGGGUGAUUUACCAGCGGCUGGAUGGCCAUACGCCCGUGGCCACUCGGCAAGACUCGGUCAAAAAGUUCAACACUGCCUCAGAAUCAGAGGUCUACUUGGUGGCCACCAGGGCAGGGGGUGUUGGCCUCAACAUCUACGGUGCCAAUCGAGUCGUGAUCUUUGACUUCAAGUACUCGCCCACGGACGAGAAGCAGGCCAUAGGCCGGGCGUACCGACUUGGCCAAACAAAGCCAGUCUACGUCUACUGGUUAACCAUUGGUGGCACCUUUGAAGACACGAUUCACAACAGAGCCGUCUUCAAAACCCAGCUUGCGUCACGGGUUGUGGACAAGAAGAACCCAGAUCCGUAUUCAAGAAAGACGUCCGAGUAUUUCAAGAUGCCAGAGGAGGUGGAACAGCAAGACUUGUCCGGGGCCAAAGGCCAAGACAGGGUGCUGGAUGCCCUUCUCGACAGCGAAGAAAUCGGCAGCUUGAUCCGGAAGAUCACAUCCACGGAGACCUUUGAGCGAGAGGAAACGUACGAGCUCACGCAGGAAGAAAAGCAGGAAGCGGAGAAAGAUAUCCAGAUGGAACGACUGCGGUCACAGAACCCAGAAGAGUACAGGCGUCGGGAGCAAGAGAGGGCAAUGCAGGCAAGGGGCAUAUCAGGGAUGUAUCCCUUGCCCCCGGGGUUGUUCCCGCCGCGUCCUGGCUUUACCGACGGUGAGUCCCAACCAGUUUCUGACGGCACGGCGAGCCGGUGCAGUAGAAUAGUAAAGAUCAAGGUGCCGGAGCACCUGAGAGAGAGACUCAACCUAGGGCCACGCGUUGUUGGCAACUCAAACAGCGACCAUUCGACGCGGCAACUGCUGACUCCAACUUCUACAGCUCUAGCCAGACAACCUGUUCCACCCGCCGUCGCCGCGGUGAACGCCGCUCUUGCGGCAACCACUUUUGCGGCAACCACCCACGCGGCGGACACCCCUCCUUCGACCAUUAUAAACCCGCCCCUAGCUGUUGCCCGUCCCCUAGCCGAUCAGGGGGGCUCAGCUGGGCCACAAACGGCCCCGGUGCCGAACGGGGCCGCUUCGGAUAGCGUUCCGGCCCAACAAGAAGCAGCACCAGUCCCGCAACCGAUUCUAGCCAGCGGAUCGCAAUUCAAGGGUGCCCAGAACAUAUCGCCAUCCGCAGCUCCCAGCGGCCCAUCGUGGUCAGCCCCCGGCCCCUCGUUCAGCGAGACCGUUAUCUCCGCUUCCGACUUCCCUGAGCUGGUGGCUGUCCACAACACCCUGAGUCAAGAGGGCCGCCAUGUGCGGCACCAUCCGACCGAGUUGAUCAGCAGGAUAGCCAGUAUUUGGGCCCAAAACAAAGUCGGGCGCCUGCCAAUGGUGGACAAGACCCAAAACCUUCAAAAGUUCUCGCGUAGUCAGCGGUUUUCGGAGGCGAUGCUUUCGGGGUACAUGGAUCCAGAACAGCUUGCGACCAUGAAGCGGCCGGAAAUGGAGGCGGUUUGGAGUGCACUCGGCGCCAUGAGCGCGGCCGAGUUCAAACAGCAAGCUUGGACGGCCAAGGCCGAUAUCAACAACGUACGCAACACCGACAACACUCGCAACACAUGA